UUUUAUCCUUAGUAGUAGUAUUAAUAUAAUAGUUUAAGAGCACAACGACCCGUAUUCAAAAUAAUCUAAGUGAAAUGGAGAAAUGUGGAGCUAAAGACCGCUGCUGCUCGGCCAUCUUCGUUAAUAGACGCUCUUUGGCGAGGCAAGAUGGCGUCGAGCGAUGGGCUCUCAUCUCUGGGGCCAGACGGAGCUUCGGCCGCUGCGCGCGCUCUAUCCCUCCCCGCCGGGGCUUACGGGAACGACGAGCGUCUGGAGGUGAUGUGGGCCGUGAAGGCCUACAACCAUGCCGAGGUUUACUUCAACCUCAUCUCCUCGGUGGAUCCAAAGUUCCUCAAGUUGACAAAGAUAGACGACGACAUCUACUCGACGUUUAGGGCGUCCUUCGAGGACCUGGACGUCAAAGUGCUCGACCCGGACCGGCUCAAGUCGGCGGAGGCCAAAGAGAGGUGGCGCCCUUUCUGUAACCAAUACGAUGGACUGGUGGAGGACUUCAACUACGGGACUCUGCUGCGAUUGGACUGCCAGAAGGACUACACGGAAGAGAACACCGUUUUUGCCACCAGGAUCCAGUUCUUUGCCGUGGAGAUCGCCCGAAACCGAGAAGGCCUCAAUAACGCAGUCUUCGAGUCCAAGUCCUCCAAGAGUUAACCUACGACCUCCCCACACCCGAAAGAAAAAAAAAAAAGGUUUUGCUUGU